AUGUUUGAUGCGUUGUUCAAGCCCAAAUUCUAUUCAAAAUGCAAAUCACGGUUGAAGUUGAUAAAGAAGAGGUUAGAGUCUAUAAGGAAGAGAAGGAAGGCGGUGGACAAAUUUCUCGAGGAAGACAUCGUUGAUCUUCUUACGAAUGGCUUUGAUUACAAUGCAUAUGGAAGGCAGACUGCAGGGCUUCUCGGCGAGCGAAAUAUGUCGUCUUGCUAUGAACUCGUUGCGAAGUUUGCUAAUUGUGUAUCGAGUCAUGUUGGAGACCUUUGUAAGGAGAGGGAUUGUCCUGAUGAAUGCAAAGAAGCUAUACAGUCAUUGAUAUAUGCAGCAGCAAGGUUUUCUGAUCUGCCAGAACUACGCGAGCUCAGAACGUUGUUCACAGAAAAAUUUGGGAAUACUCUUGAACCUUACAUAUGUAAAGAGUUUGUAGACAAAUUGAGUAAAGUUCCUCCUUCGAAAGAAAUGAAGUUCCAGCUGUUGCAUGAUAUAGCGCAAGAGUUUUCUAUAGGAUGGGAUAGCACCGCUUUGGAGCAGAGGGUUCACUCACCGCGUCAGUUACGUGAAAAGAAGACUAAACAUGAUCCUCUAAAUGAUCAUGAUGAUAACAAUGAUGUAGCUGCCCCCAAGAUAUACAACCUGAUUACAGGGGGGAAACAGAGAAAUGAAGGAAACUGGCAGACAUCUAAAGGAAAUGAAAGCGACACCGUAUCUCAAGGAAGGAAGGAUAUCAAUGAUGCCUAUUGGAGGGUGCAAAGCAGCACUGACAAUGAAACAGCCUCUGACAAAUUAUCCGGACGAAAUGCUUGUUCAAGUUCAUUAGAAAGCGUAUCAGAGAAUGAAGCAGAAAUUAAGAGGUCAUUUUCAUUUUCCAAGAAGCUUGUUCCGCCUCCUUAUGUCAAAGACGAAAGGAAUUUGAAGAAACCAACGGAAUCCGAAACUCUACCCGAAAAGGAGUCAUAUCAUGAUGUUGUUUCAGAAAAGCCAAUACCAAGAUCAGUCAGGCGGAGACCUCUCAAACCACGACCUGACGAUAACAGUGUUUCAGAUUCUAAAACUGGUGACAUUGAGAAGGUGCUAGAGUCAGAGAAAGUUAAAGCUUGUCCUAUGCAACAAGUGGAAUAUCACAAGGAACAUAAAAAACAAAUAUCAAGUGUAUCUCUUGUGAGAGGAACAUCUCUUCCUCCUAAAGACACAAUUUCCAUGGAAGCAUUUCAUGUGCAUCGAAGAGCUAUUUCUUAG